AUGGCAGCGCCAGAUUAUAGUCCAUCCAUCUACUCUGGUAGUCGUAGAUACAUACUCUUAGUGUUUGCCGAGCUUCAAAUACUAUGUAUAUGUGGAGUAGUGUUUGGAUGGUCUGCCCUCGAACAGACCAUGAUUAAAGAGGGCAUAUUCUCAGACCUCUGUGAAGCUGGACAAAAGACAUGUAGCCGCCAAGAGCUACGCCUUAACUUGAUAUAUACUCUUGGAACAUUCACCGCCACUGGGUCAUCAUUGUUCAGUGGAGCAUUGUUUGAUCGAUACGGUCCUAAGUUGACCAACCUCUGUGCUCUGGUCAUACUUUCAUUUGGAUUCCUACUUUGGUUCCUUUCCAGCUACCUAAGUGAGGAAUGUUAUAUUGUGGCAUUUGCCAUAAUUGGUAUCGGUGGUCCAGCACUCCAGAUUAGUAUAAUGCAUAUAGGUAAUUUAUUCCCUAAAUACUCUUGUUCAAUUUGUGCAUCAUUCUCUGGAAUGUAUGUGGUCAGUGGCUUUGUCUUUAGAGUGUUUGGCAUCAUAUCCGAUAAGUAUAAUGUUCAAGUCGGAAUACUGUUCCUCGGUUAUAUAGGAGUGAUGGCAAUACUGGUCGUUCCAACUAUUAUAAUGAUGCACAAUACAUCAUACCUGCCUUUGGAUGAGUACAAGGCUGCAUUGGUACGAGGAAGAGCUCCACCAGAUGGAACUGGAAUAUCCGCCAUCAACUCUGAUAGUAAUGAGGAGUCCCCGCUGAUACCUCCAGCAGACAUGUCAUCUAAGCCACUUGAUGAUCAAUCCGUCAAGUUUGACCCAUAUGCCAAAGUCAAGAACAAGCCCCUACUCAAACAACUUAUCACAUGGGAGUUCUACCUCAUCGUCAUAUACAUGAGUGUAAUAUCCCUUCACAACACCUUCUACCUUGGAACAAUCAAUCAACUAUUUGAUGCCAAGUAUGUCAACAUAUUCAAUUGGGCAUGGGAGGGAGGAUUCAUAUUCGUUCCUCUAUACUCAAUGUUGAUGUACAAGUGUUCGCUUGCAUUGAACGCUGCCUUUGUCAACGCAAUUGGCAUCGUAUUUGGUAUCCUCUGUUGUAUACCAAACAGCACAGUGAAUGUCAUUGGUUUCUUCUUCCUCUCGUUCCAAAAUGUCUACCUAUGGGGCUUCCACUUUGUCUAUCUCGCACAAAUAUUCACUUAUGCCAACUUUGGAACACUGUUGGGCAUUGCUUCGGUGACUGUCGCUUUGUUUGGCCUGUUUGAAUACUUGCUGGUGUACUUAUCGCUGAACGGCGUGUCAUUUCUCUAUAUCAAUGGAUUCCUGACGAUAUUGCGAGUGACCCUGUUCAUUCUGCCAAUCAAGAUGUUGGUACAUUGUCGACGCAAACGAAAGAAGUUCAAGAACCUGUAUAAACAGGACGACUUCUGUUGCCAAGACUGUUACACACAUACGAUGGCCACCAGUACCAUGACCAAAUGUGACAGUAGUGUAAGGAAUAGUGAUGUACUACGGGAGAUCCAAGAAACAUAUCUCCUCCAACAACAAGAUAUACAACAACAACAACUACAUAUUCAACAAUAA